UGGUGGUGCUGCGGCACCAUCAGCAUGAAGAAUAACCGGGCUCCGGGGAGCAGAACCGGCACCGCAGGAGGAGGUGAAACAAGGCCGGGAUCCGGCUCUAAUGUGACCGACAUGGAGACACUGACGUUCGGGGGGCGUAGAGUGAAAAGCAGCGGCGGAGGAGCAGCUGCUGGUUCUGUUGGACCUCCUCCUCCUCCUCCAGCAUCAUCAUCAUCAUCAUCAUCAUCAUCAUCAUCCCACCACACACCUCCGCCGUCCAGCCAGCAGCAGCAAACACACAACACCACAAACAACAACACCGACACCGGGCAGCACCGGAGGUGGAGCAGCGGGGACACACAGCACCAUGGACGGGAGGAGGACGUCCUCCAGGUGGGGAAGAGCCGAGCGGAGGAGCGCCAUCACCAACACCAGCUGAACAGCAGUGAGGAGGAGGAGGAGGAGGAGCAGGAGGAGCGGAUGGAUGCCAGUCUGGGAUCAGCCACCACCAGCACCAGCAGCCCUCCUCCGAGCGGGCCCGGCUCCGGGUUUAAUCAUUAUUCUGGCUCUGGAAGAGGAGGGCCCAGCUUCCAGCAACAUGGCGGACAACAAAGCGCAGGGACUGGGCUGAGAGCGGCGCGCACGGCGGUACACAGCACCAUGGAUCAGGUCCAGAACUCCCACGACGGGUACAACAACAACAACAGCCCGUAUAACCACUACCCGAACUAUCGGCCCGGCUAUGGCACCGGCGGCUACGCGGGCAUGCUGAGCCCCUCACGGCCGGGGAGCAGCCUGCUGGGCCCGGGCGGCGGCGGCAGCUCGGCCGCUGCGAACCACAGCAAGGCGGCGAUGGCUGCUGCCAGCUCCCCGGCUGGAGGGGCGGCCGGCGGCGGCAACAACGGAGGCUUUCAGCGGUUUCCCGGACAGAACCAGAACCAGCAGCAGCUGCACCCGUCCGGAUCUACGCCGACCCUGAACCAGCUGCUCACGGCUCCCAGCACCAUGAUGCGGGCGUACGGGAGCGGGUACCCGGACUACAGCAACCCGAGCGCGGCUAAAGACACUGCGCAGUACGGAGGCUGGGCGGGACCGCAGCGGAACCACCCGGCCAUGAGCCCGGGCAGCACCGGGCCGGGCGGCGGCGGGCCGGGCGGCGGCAGACAGGUGCCGCCCAUGGACCCGAUGGCGAUGAAGCGCUCUCAGCUCUACGGGAUGAGCAACAACCCGUACUCCCAGCAGCAGGGGGCGCCGUACUCCGGCCAGCCCUACGGCUCGCCCUCCUCCCACAGAUACCCGAUGGGAAUGCCCAGCAGGGGGCAGAUGGGGAUGGGAGGGAUGCAGUACCCCCAGCAACAGAUGGGCUCUCAGUACCCUCAGCAGCAGCAGCAGCAGCAGCAGCAGCAGCAGCAGCAGCAGCAGCAGCAGCAGCAGAGCGUGGGCGGGUACUGUCAGCCGGGUCAGCCGCCGUACUUCAGCCCACCACAGCAGCAGCCCGCCGCCCCGAGCCAGCCGCCGUACAUGCAGCCACGCCCACUGCCACAACAGGAGGUGCCGCAGGAGGCGUACGGGGGGCGGGGCCAGUCUGCUGCUAUGACUCCUGGGAAGCCGAACCACGAGGAGAUGAGCCUGAGCCAACAGGAGAGGCCGUCCAGCCUGCCGGAUCUGUCCGGCUCCAUCGAUGACCUGCCCACCGGCACCGAGGCGGCGGUGAGUUCAGGGGCGUCGGGCUCCGGCAGCGCUCAGGGCGACCAGGGGACCCCGGCUCGUUCUCCUUUCUCCCCCCACGUCUCUCCUCGACUCCCCCCGCCAGCUCGCACCGGGCCCUCACCUUCCCCCUCGCCGUCCCCCGCCGGGUCCAGCAGCCAAUCACGAUCCGGACCAAUGUCACCCGCCACCAGCGGACCAGGCUCUCAGCUGGCCCCUCAGGUCUCUGGUCCUGGAUCAGAUGUUGGUCCUCAUCCCUCCCAGUCUGCCAUGACUCAGGACAGAGGUUUCCCUCCCUCCAUGCAGCGUAGCACCCAGGGGCCUCAGUUUGGCCCCCAGCAGUCGGCACCACCCAUGUCCCCUCACUCAGCACCGGGGGGGCCCAUGCACCACGGCUCCUAUCAGCAGGGCGGCUCAUACGGCCAGUACGGACCUCCAGGUAACUACCCUCGGCCCCCCCACUAUGGUGGAGCCCCCAGUGCCAACUACAGUAGCCCUGGCCCGGGACCCGGAUUAGCCAACAGCCUGGGGUUGAAUGCCAGCAGUCCCAUGCACGGUCAGGGCCCAUCCACCCCGGCAGGUCGCGGCCCUGGGCCCGGCCCCGGGGGACGACCUUACCCCGCCGGAGGGAGCACCAUGGCCCCCACGUCCCCUGGCAUGCCACAGCCUGCUGGGCAGGGUAUGGGGCCGCCGGGGCCCAACGCUGGCCGCAAACCGCCUGAGAUGGGCCCCAACGUUGGGCCCAGUGCCAACUCGUCAUCCUCGUCGAACUCUGCCACAGCCGCCCAGGGCAGGCAGGGCAGCUAUCUGGGUAUGGCACCAAUGGGAGGAAUGGGCCCUGGUGGCCCUGGAGGUCCUGGAGGUCCCUACAGCCAGCAACCAGGCAGCAACUCUGGGAGGAUGACACCGCAGGGACCCCCCUACAACGCCCCAAACUCUGGCCCCAUGAUGAUGCCAUCAGAGGGGAUGGGUGCUCAUCCAGAUGCCAAGCAGAGGGUUGAGCUCAGUAAAGAGGGCGUCUGCCCUGCAGCCGAACCACCCAAACCCAAGGACAGCUACAGCUCUCAGUGUGUGUCCAAGCCCCCCACCCCCUCCCCCAUGUCCCCCAGCUCAGCUAGUCUGUCCUCCUGUCACGGGGAGGACAGUGAUAGCAUUAGCAGCCCCGCCUGGCCCAAGACGUCCACCAGCCCUAAGCCCAGUGUGGCCACCAUGACCAACGAGAAGAUCGCCCUGCUGUAUGAGAUGGGCUCUGAGCCGGAGAGGAGGCUGUGGGUGGACCGGUACCUGUCCUUCAUGGAGGAGAGGGGGACGCCCGUCCCAAACCUGCCCGCCGUGGGAAAGAAACCUCUGGACCUCUGCAGACUGUACCUGGCUGUCAGAGAGAUCGGAGGUCUGGCCAUGGUGAAUAAGAACAAGAAGUGGAGGGAGUUGUCGUCCCAGCUGAACGUGGGGACGUCCAGCAGCUCGGCCAGCUCUCUGAAGAAGCAGUACAUCCAGUACCUGUUCGCCUACGAGUGCAAGGUGGAGCGAGGAGAGGAGCCUCCACCUGAAGCCCUGGGACCUGCUGGAGACACCAAGAAACCUCCGUCACUCCAGGCCAAGAUCCAGCCUCCCUCCCCAGCCAACUCGGGCUCCCUGCAGGGCCCCAACACGCCUCAGUCCAGCAGCAGCUCCCUGACCGAGGCCCCCGGAGACCUGAAGCCGCCGACCCCGGCCUCCACCCCGCACAGCCAGAUGGGCCCGCAGCCUGGAAACAGGAACAUGGGAGGAGUGAGCGUCCAGGACCCGUUCUCUGAAGGCAGCGAUCCAGCCUUCCACAACAAGCGAGGCCCGGGACCCGGCGGUGCCCCCUACCAGCAGGGAGGAGGAGGAGGAGGCCCAACAGACCCCUCCAUGAGGAUGCAGUAUGAGGCCAACAAAGACCCCUAUGGAGGACCGAGGAAAGCUCCGGGGCCCGGCGAGGCUUUUGGUCCCGGUCAGAUGCCCAGUGGUGCCAUGCAGGACAUGUACCCCCGUGGGCCGCCCUCGGGGCCCCUGACGGGGAUGGGCCCCAGACCACAGUACCCCUACGGCCCCGGCUACGAGCGGAGGCCGGAUCAUGUGAUGGGGCCUGACGGAGGCAUGGCGCCCCCCGGAGGUCAGAACAGCAUGGGUCCAUCCGGAAACGAGGCCGGCAUGUACCCGAACAGAUACCCGCCCCAGAGGCACGGACACGACGGUUACGGGCAGCAGUACCCUCACGGCAUGGCCUACAGUUCCCAUCAGCCCCUGUACCCUCAGCAGCAGGGCUACAAGCGCCCGAUGGAGACGCUGUAUCCGCCGGCAAAGCGUCACGAAGGCGAGGCGUUCGGCGCGCAGCAGUUCGGCGCUCAGCAGCCCGACAUGUUCGGCCCGUACGGUGGAGGAGGCGGCGGGGGCUACAUGGGUCCAGAGCGGCGGCCUGUUCAGGGUCAGUACCCGUACCCAUACCCUCGGGACCGGCAGGGACCCCCGCAGCACGGCAUGAUGGGUUCAGGAUCGCCGGCGGUGUCUGGGGGGCCUGGGGAGGGGCCGCAGACCAACAUGUGGCACCCCAGGACGGACAUGGGCUACACGUACAGCCGGCAGGGCCAGGGCCCCCCCUACCCCAGCAUGGGCCGAGGGGACGACCCGGAGGGCAGGGCCCCCCAGGACAGCCAGUGGCACCCCGGCGGCCCUCCAGGCCAACGCCAGCCGCCGUACCCGCCCCACUCCUCCUCCCCCUCAUGCCCCCCCUGCCUCCGACAGCCCCCCCCUUCCUCCUUCCAGGCCACGCCCACCGCCCCGAACCAUGUGACCCGCUCUCUUAGCCCCUCCUCCUUCCCUCGGCCCCUGGGGGGCUCUCUGUCCCCGAACAGCGCCCCCUACCUGCCGCCCUCCAUGAAGAAGCCGGGUCACCCCGGCGGCGCCCCCCCGCCCGCUCAGAGCCUCCACCUCCUCCACAGAGAGGUCAGCUUCCCGCCCAGCUCUGUGGAGGCCACGCACCCCAAACUGAAGCCACGGCGCCGGCUCACCGCCAAGGACACGGGAACCCCGGAGGCGUGGCGGGUGAUGAUGUCACUAAAGUCCGGCCUAUUAGCAGAGAGCACCUGGGCUCUCGACACCAUCAACAUCCUGCUGUAUGACGACAGCACGGUGGGCUCCUUCAGCCUCACACAGCUUCCCGGUUUCCUCGAGCUCGUCGUCGAGUAUUACCGCCGCUGCCUCAUCCAGAUCUUUGGCAUCUUGGAAGAGUACGAGGUGGGAACAGAGGGCCAGAGGAGCCUGCUGGGACCUCCACCCGACCCGCCCAGAGAGGAGGAGGAGGAGGAGCUGAAGGAGCCGCCAGCCGCCACCUUCGAGUCGAACAGCCAAUCAGCUGAGGAGCAGAGGAUACCAAGGAGGGCGGUGGAGGAGACGGAGGCAACACCACCGCUUCUCACAGCUGCACCCGCUGCCGACGCCAACAAGGAGGCGAAAGAUGGUGAAGCUGUCGUCAGAGAGGAGGUGGAGGUGAAGGAGGAACACCAGGAGCAGGCGGAGCCCCGCCCACCACAGUCCAGCAAGUAUGACAAGCUGCCAAUCAAGGUGGAGGAGAAGGGGCAGGAGUGGGAGGAGGUGGAGCAGCGCUGGGCCGAGCUCAGCCGACCAAACGGCUUCAUCAGCGGCCUCCUGCACUGGAAGGCCGGAGGAGGAGACUCCACAGCUCACAUCCAGACGGGAGACACCACCCCCCCAAACCGGCCGGCGGAGAGAGGAGGAGGAGGAGGAGGAGGAGGAGGAGGAGGCAGGGAGGAGGAAGCAGAGGGAGGCCAGGACAACCUGCCAGCCAAUGAGGAGACACCACCUGAGACACAAGAAGGCUCCCGGUCCGAGGUCGGAGGUCAGAGGUCACUGCAUCAGAGUCCCAUCAGCCCUCUGGAGGACGAGCCUCGCUGCUGGGACGAGGCUCCGCUGUCCACGGCCGAGUCGUGGCAGGACUCUCUGGCCAAACGCUGCGUCUGCAUCUCCAACAUCGUGCGCGGCCUCUCCUUCGUCCCCGGCAACGACGCCGACAUGUCUCGCCACCCGGGCCUGGUGCUGAUCCUGGGCCGACUGGUGCUGCUGCACCACCACCACCCUCCCAGGAAACGUACGCCGCCCAGCUACCAGCGGGAGGAGGAGCAGGGUCUGGCCUGCAGCCGGGACGAGUGGUGGUGGGACUGCCUGGCGGCGCUCAGGGAGAACACGCUGGUGACGCUCGCCAACAUGUCGGGCCAGCUGGACCUGUCGCUGUACCCCGAGAGCAUCUGCCUGCCCAUCCUGGACGGGCUGCUGCACUGGAUGGUGUGCCCGUCCGCCGAGGCCCAGGACCCGUUCUCCACGGCGGGCGGCUUCUCCUCGCUCACCCCUCAGAGACUCGUCCUGGAGUGUCUGUGCAAGCUCAGCAUCCAGGACUGCAACGUGGACCUGCUGCUCGCCACGCCGCCCUUCAGCCGCCAGCAGAAGCUCUACGCCACGCUGGUGCGCCUCGUGGGCGAGAGGAAGAGCCAGGUGUGUCGGGAGAUGGCGGUGGCUGUCCUGUCCAACCUGGCGCAGGGUGACCCGACGGCGGCGCGCACCGUCGCCCUGCAGAAAGGCAGCGUGGGAACUCUGAUCGGCUUCCUGGAAGACAGCGUGGCGAUGGCUCAGUACCAGCAGAGCUCGCAUGCCAUGCUGCACGCCUCCGCCGCCGCGCCGCCGGAGCCUCCGAGCAUCAACAUGAUGUGCCGCGCUGCCAAAGCGCUGCUGGCCAUGGCGAGGGUGGAGGAGAACCGGGCGGAGUUUGUUCUGUACGAGAGCCGGCUGCUGGACAUCUCGCUGUCGGCCGCCCUCAACUCCUCGGUGGCGGCGAUCAUGUGCGAAGUACUGUUCAAAAUCGGCCGCUCGUGACAUGAACACCGCCACGGAGCACGCUCAGUGGCGCUCGAAGCAGCUGGCUCCUAUUCUAUUUUUAUUUAAAGAACAGAACACAAAAGUUUUUACAUACAAAUGAAUAUAUAUAGAAUAUAUAAAGCUCCUCGGCUCCAUCCGCAAAAUGUUUAUUUGGGAUUUUUAAGUAAUUUUAAUACAAAAAUAUUUAAUACUUGUAUUUUUAAUUUUUUAUUCUUUUGUUUGUCGUUUUUUUUUUUUUUUUAUUUUAACCAAAGUGUGACGCGGAGAUCGAACGCUCGGGUUCUGGCGCUCUUUUUAAAACGUGGUCGUUUGUUUGGUUUUUGGGGGCGGGGCUAGUUAGAAUUUGGAGGCGGGGUCAGAUUUAUUUAAAACAGUGACACGUUGUAGAUAGGAGACACUGAUGUUCAGUACUUUGUUUUGGUGCAAUAGGUUUGUUUUUUUACUUUAAAUGUGAAUCAUCGACCAUCCGCAGUUUGACCAUCAGUAUUUUUGCCGAACCACAAACAGUAUCAAGCGUCACUUUCUGUUUUUUAAGAACUUCCUGUCCUCCACCGGUCACAUCCAGAUCUCCCUCCUCCGUCGUCCUCCUGUAAAUAGACGAUGUACAUUUGACUCGGUGAAUUCUCGUCAUUUCUAAUCACGACUCUGCUCACCUGAACGUUUGGUUUCUCUCCCCGGCAGGUGAAGACUUGUUUCUGUAUUUAAGGAAGAAGUUUGUUUUUGUGGGGGGCGGGGUCUGAUCGGGGAGGGUGUGUUUGAUUUCAGAGACUGUAUGUACAGGUGUUUUGAGGGGGGCGGGGCUGUACUCAUCAUGUCGCUAACUGACACAACUUCAAAAACAGUUAUAACAAAUGUAAAGAGAAAAAAAAGGAGAACAUCUACAUCCUGUUUGAUUUGACAGACGUUGUUUCUUCUUCGGUAUGAGAUCUUUCUAUGUUCCACAACAAGAAUAAACGUACAUGAACUCUGA